UCGCUGGCCAUGCAGCUGAGUACUGUAUUGUAUAUUAAGCCUAAGCCUCACGACUCACCCCAAGCCUUGCAUGUCAGCAAAACAGCCUGAAUUUAGUCGGCUGGCGAAGUUUUUGGACCCCAACGGUCAGCCUCUACCCUCCAUCAGGCCUCCUAGAUUCUCUGGUGCACUGUGCAGUUUUAUCGCAAGUUCCGGCCCACGAUGGAUUCGACAGAGGCUGACUUGCAUGACGACCGCACGGUUCGUCGAGCUUGGUGUGCUUUUCGCCCGUGCUGAUCUGGCUCGCCCCCCACCCUUCCUCAAUCCUUCAGCUGUCACGACGAUGUCUAAUGAGAGGGAGAUGGUCUUUAAAAAUCCAAGAGCCCUUCCCUUCAGACCGUAAGGUCUGCUGCUCUGCUGAGCAACCCGUUCCAGUGCUCUGGCCAUGGAUUAUUACAACACGCCAGCCGCCGCCCCGCCGCCAGGGGUGGUCCCCAACUUCGUCAACCCGCCAUCCCAGCGGACGACGAUCAUCGUGCUGCAGUCGAUUUUCCUGUUUCUGGCGCUACUGGCGGUGUCCGCCCGCGUCUGGGUGCGGACAAGUAUCAUCAAAUUCUGGGGCGCCGAAGACACAACCUGCAUCCUUGCGGCAUGCGGCUCGAUCGCGCACAUGACGCUCUACACGCAGACCCUACCCCUAGGCAUCGGACGACACAUGUGGGACGUGCGAGCCAUCAACCUCAUCGAUCCCUCCUCGACCCGCGUCCUCGACGCAGGCGGCAUCACCUUCCCAUGGACGGUCUGCUUCGCCAAGAUUUCGAUUCUGUUGCUGUAUAAGCGCGUGUUCCCGCUGCACCGCGAGAUCGUCGCCGUCUGGAUCGGCAUCGUCGCCGACGCGGUGCUCUACACGUUCUGUAUCGCCGUCGCCAUCGGCAGCCUCGUGCAGUGCGCGGAGCUGUCGCAGCUGGAGGCCCCUUACUGCAAGUUCACCUCCGGGACGAUGAUCACGAUCCAGUCGGUGAUCAACGUGGUGACGGACUUCUACGUGCUACUGCUGCCCAUCCCGCGGCUGCUGAAGCUGCAGGUCAGUCGUCGGCGGCGGAUCGGGCUGCUGGUGACGUUUAUGAGUGGGCUUGGAGCCUGCGCGGCUAGUCUGGCGCGGCUGGUGAAUUUCCAGCUGAAUGAUAGCUCGGAUGUGUUUUGGACAACGGGGCGGAAUGCUCAGUUUACGAUCGUCGAGAUGAACAUCGCCAUCAUCGUCGCCUGCGCCACCUCCUUUCCCAUGUGCUUCGCGCGCCUCCGCUCCCUCACCUCCUCCUUCUACAACUCGGCCGUCUCCCUGCUCCAGAGCGGCAGCCGGGAAACGCCCAAGAAUUGGGAACGGCUGAAGAAUGGCAAGGGGGACGGGCGGAUGGACUCGCAGGAGCUGGACCCCGUCCUCGUCACCGGCGGCAAUGGCUUCAUCGCCUACCACAUCAUCGCCAAGAUCCUGGAGAGUGAACCGGAGUGCACCAUCCACUGCAUCGACGUGAACACGCAGCGCAACCGCCACGCGGGGGCGAACGUGCACUACCACCAGGGCGACAUGGCGAACGCGGCGGACGUGCAGCGGAUCAUGCAGCUGGCGCGCCCGGCGACCAUCUUCCACACCGCCUCGCCCGAGUUCUCCGACGAGCCCGAGUCCGCCUACCGGGGCAUCAUCGUCGACGGCACGCACCACCUCCUCGACGCCGCCUGGGCGGUGGGCACCGUGCGCGCCCUCGUCAACACCUCGACCUCGGGCGUCAUCAACGACAACCACACCGACCUGGUCGACGCCACCGAGGAGCUGCCCAUCCUGCGCCCGCCCGUCCAGCAGCGCCUCUACUGCAUCGCCAAAGCGGACGCCGAGGACGCGAUCCAGGCCGCCAACCGCACUGCCGCCCCCACCUCCGCCGCCGGGACCGACGACCGCGGCAUCCUGACGUGCGCCAUCCGCCCCGCCCUCGCCUUCGGCGAACGCGACCACGGCACCCUCGGCAAGAUGUACGCCGUCGCCCGCCAGGGCAAGCUGCGCUUCCAGAUGGGCGACGGCCGCAACCUCUACGACUUCGUCUACGUCGGCAACCUCGCCGAUGCCCAUCUCCUCGCUGCCCGGGCACUGCUGGCCGCGUGGGGGAAGCCCGCCCCCGCUGAGAGAAGAGUCGACGGCGAGUGUUUCCACAUCACCAAUGAGGAGCCCUGGCUAUUCUGGGAUUUCCAGCGCGAGGUGUCGAGGUUGGUGGGCAGGCCGGUCAGGAAGGAGGAUGUGGUCGUGAUUCCGAAGUGGGUGGGGUUGACGAUCGGGUUUGUGAAUGAGUGGGUCGCUUGGGUGGUUUCGCGGGGGACCAAAAAGGCGAAUAUGACGAGGGAGGGGAUUCGGUUUAGUACCUUGGUCAGGACGUUGAAUGGGGGCAAGGCGAGGAGGGUGUUGGGGUAUUCUCCCAGGAUUGGGGUGCGGGAGGGGCUGGAGAGGAGUGUGAGGUGGUUUGUGGAGAAUGAGGGCGGGGCGGUGGAGGGGGAGAAGGAGGAUUAGGGGGGGGGCUUUCGAGAUGUGGUCGGUGUCUUGGUAGGCGCUGCAGGCUUUGCAGAUGAUUAGAUGCACCUUGGGGAUUCUUGGCUUUGCAUGAUGUUUGCUGUUCGUGGAUUCGACAUAGUACUAUGUCAUACUGACAGUGAGGAUGACGGGCGGGGUAUGUGGCGAUGAUGAACUCGAUGUGAUUGUGUAGCUUACAUAGCGGGAUAUGUGAUACAUGAAGGCUGUACUCCAGUCCAGAGCACUCCAGCAUCUGACGAGCCUACGUGCUUGGCCAUGCCAUGAGCCAUAUAGAGUAUCUGUGCAUGCGCUUCGGGAAGGAUCUACCACUCUGACCGGAUUCCGCUCCACCCCUUGCAUGUAUGCACGUGGCCAGG